AUGCUGAAGGGCAAAUGGUGCCUGGUGACGGGUGCCGGCCGCGGCAUCGGCCGGUCGAUCGCCCUCGCCCUCGCCAGGGAGGGCGGGUCCCUGGCGCUGGCAGCGCGAUCCCGCGACCAGCUGGAAUCCGUGGCCGAGGAGUGCAGGGCGGCGGGCGCGGGGCAGGUGGAGGUUCACACAGCCGACCUGUCGGACGGCAAGGCGGUGGACGCGCUGGCGGAGGGGCUAGUGGCCAGGCACGGCGGCGUGGCGGUGCUGGUGAACAAUGCAGGGAUUGCCGGGCCGGGAAUGUCGCCGCUGGCUGGAGAUCCGGAUGAGUGGGAGAAGUUACUGAUGCUGAAUCUCAUGGCUGCGAUGAGGCUGACGCGGCGGCUGGCACCGGGCAUGGUGGAGCGCAAUGAAGGGACGAUCAUAAACAUCUCUUCAAUCUUGGGCCUUGAGAAUGAUCAGUACAGUGGAGUCUACUCAGCAUCAAAAUUUGGCCUGCGUGGCUGGUCGCUGUCUUGCCAUGAAACGCUAAGAAGGAGCAACGUGAAAGUUGUCUUGAUCAAUCCUGGAUGGACAGACACCCCAUUGGUUUGGAAGAUACCAGGCGCAGUCCGUGCGGAUAUGAUCACUCCAGAGGAUGUUGCAGAGGCCUGUCUGCUGGCUCUGAAGACCAGCAGCAAGUGUGUCCCGACCGAGAUCACUCUCAGGAACGCCUUGAAUUGUGUCAGUGCUCUGCACGAUCCCACGGAGCUGCUGAUGGAAAGGAUGGCCUCUCAGUAA